AUGCGGCGAGUCGGCGACUACGAAAUUCUCGAUGUGGUGGGUGAAGGUGCAUACAGCAAGGUGAAACGAGUUCGCCACAUACCUACUGGGUGUAUGUUUGUCGCUAAGAUAGUACCAAAAACAAACCAGCAGGUCGAAAACGACGUUCGUCUGGAGAUUUCCAUUUUGCGGCGCUUGAAGCACAAGAAUAUUGUUCAGUUGAUUGAGAUUCUGGAAAGUACGAACAACUACUACAUUAUACUGGAGCCUGUCAUGGGUGGUGAUCUGUGCGACAUCAUCGUGGGUAUGGAUCGGCCCUUGCCAGAGCAAGAUGUAGCGGCCCUCUUAAUUCAGCUAGUGGCAGGGGUGCGCGCAUGCCAUCGCAACGGGGUCGCACAUCGCGACUUGAAACCAGAGAACCUCCUUCUGGGAACAGAUGGUGUGCUGAAGAUCUCUGACUUUGGGCUGAGCCGCCUCCACAGGGAAAGCAACUUCCAAGCGAGCACAAACGAGUACGCACACACGCUUACAGGAACCCUCGCAUAUCUGGCGCCUGAAGUUUUUGGGGGCUCAUACGAUGCGUUUCGCGCGGACAUUUGGUCGAUGGGGUGCAUUGCGUACGUCUUGUUGACGCAGAACUUUCCGUUCGGCUCCACAACCGAUCCUCACGCCUUGGAGGCUCGCAUUCGCAACGGAGAAGUUUCCAUAAUGCCUUCCUCUGUUAGUGCCGAGGCAAAGAACUUGUGCAAGUGGCUCUUGUCUCCGCGGCCGGAGGAUCGACCAACGUUAGACGAUGUAGCGCAGCACGACUUCUUCAAAAGGUAUCUACCUGCAGAGUAUCUUAGAAUGACAGCGAACCGAAAGUCGCCGAUUGUGCACGGUGCGAAUAUGAACGAAUUCAGCUCGCAGGUUCAAGAAGAAGCUCCAUCCUGUAGCCCAAGCACAUCAAGUGCCAAGCGAAAACAUCACCAUGCCCGUAGCGGCAGUGCUGCGAGAACCUCACCCUCAGGGAGCGCGGUUGAUGGCGCAGCUACUAGCAGUAACCGCAGCAGCGAAAGCGGGAGGGAUCGUGAAGACCUGGUUAGCCACGGCACUCACGGCGGAUCUGAUCCUGGGGGAUACUGCGGGGACGUGUAG